GUAAUUGUCAAUUAUAAUAUUAUUGUUAUCAAUAUACAGAUUAAAUUGCGCCGGUGAUGGGAAUGUAGGUAACACAAGUAAUGUAAGUAACAUAAAACGUUAUCCUAUAAUAACGCUAACAUUAUAAUAAACAGGAUGAGAUCGUUUCUUGUAUCAACCACACGGAGAAUAUUUUUCGCGUAUUCUUUCACCUUGAAUCUAUGGGCGUGGCUAGCUUACUGCGACUCACACAAAUUUGUCAGCAUUGGUUGGAUGGCAAGGGUUAGAAUUGCUGUCAUAAGGAGUUCUGACAGCUUAAACUAUCACUAUAUAUAGGUAAGUUAGGGCGCUGAUUUAGUUUGUGUGUGCGCACGCGCGCGCGUCUGUGUGUGUUAGAUGGGCAAGCCUGUAUCUGUGUGGUAGAAAAGAAGUAUUAUGAGGUGGUGGAAGCUAACUUUACCUCCGGGUUGUAUAAAAGAAGUGAGCAAGGUCUGUGAUCUUGAACUUGGUCUCAAGUCGUUACGAAGUUAGCUUCAAAGUAAUAGGCACCCGGUGAAGUGUUACGAAGAUUUACUCCACUAUCAACAUGAAAGUCGCCAUUAUUGCCGUCCUUGCCCUCGUGGCCCUCACCUCAGCCUCCGUUCUGCCACCCGUUCUAGUGCCGAAGGUGGCCGUAGCAGCGCCACAGGUCACCCUAGUCAAGCAGCCCUAUGUUGUCCAGGAACCGGUUCCCGCCUACCGCACCGUUCCAGUUCCCGUGAAAACGGUCGCUUACACGGCUCCCAUAGUGGAGACACCUGUUGUUCACCAGCCCUACGCCGUUCCAGUUCCUGUUCCAGUUGCCUACCACGCCGCCCCAGCAACCCUAGUCUACCAUCACUAGACAGGAGCCGGUUCCCGAUCACCGUUCCCGUUCCCGUUCCUGUGAAUACGCCGCCUCCAUACUGGUCGUACAUCAGCCCUUACCCGUUGCAGUUCCUGAUCAAAUUGCCUAUCAUCCCGUUCCAGUUCCUGAUCAAAUUGCCUAUCAUCCCGUUCCAGUUGCCGAACCAUAAACAUGACAAUCUUCUACAAAAUAAACUUAUAAUUUUUUAAAAA